GGUCGGCGCCGCAGUCUGCCGAGGUAACCGUAAAUGUCGGGAGCUCAUGUGACGGGCUGCCACGGCUUUUCGGCCUCGGCAAAGCCGGCCGCUUGUUUCCGUCCAAACUUCGGGCCUCUAGUUUGGGCCUAACUUCACUAGACCACGGUCCCCGGUUGUGGAGCCUGGAGUCGCCGCAUGAGUUCCCUCAGUAAUGGCUCAUGAAGCAAUGGACUACGAUCUACAGGACCAGUUAGGUGAUCCUACCCAACCACCUGCUCCUGCUGUAGUGGUCAACAGUCAAGAGGGAGCAAUGCUCCAGCCUACUCCACCAGCGUUUGUUGACUUGACUGCAGAAGCAGAGGGUGUGGAAAAUAGCAAUCCAGGAACUUCAGAGGAGCACAGGAACAUUUCUGAUGCUAACCACAGAACCCGAGCAUCUUCAUUGGCUUCAAUGACCAACUUCAUCACUGGGCUGCAGAGACUUCAUGGCAUGCUGGAAUCCCUGAGACCUCUACCUUUAAAUAUAAACCACAGUGGAGGGCCAGUGAGAAUAAGGAGGAGGAGAGAGUCUGCUUCACAUAGAGCAAGAGGUGGAGCCUCUCAGAGAACAGGCAAUGCUAGGUCAAGAGCACCACUGGAUGCUUACUUUCAAGUCAGCAGGACCCAGCCUCAAUUGCCAGCCACCCCUCCUGAUUCAGAAACUAGAAAUCCCGGAUCUGAAGACACACAUGUAUCAGGUGGUUCUCAUUCUGACAGUGAGAGCUCUGUAGAGAAUGAAGAGGUGGCUGUUCAGGCAGAAGAACCUGGAGCUGUUAUUCCAGAAGAGCAAGGAAGAGUUACCUCAGCACAGGAAGAAGUGACAUUAACCAGUGAAGGAGAGGCCCUCUCCAAACAGCAGUCUCCUCAGAAGUCUGUGCCUCUGGGUGAGGAGGAGGAGGAAGAUGAAGGGGACACUUGCACAAUAUGUUUGGAACAGUGGACCAAUGCUGGGGACCACAGGCUCUCAGCAUUACGUUGUGGGCACCUUUUUGGAUAUAGAUGCAUUUCUAAGUGGCUGAAAGGACAGACACGAAAAUGCCCUCAGUGCAACAAGAAAGCCAAGCACAGUGACAUCGUUGUCCUUUAUGCCCGAACCUUGAAAGCUCUGGAUAACAGUGAAGAGGAGCGUAUAAGGAGUGACUUACUGAAGGAACAAACACUCAGAAAGAAGGCAGAGUUAGAAUCUGCACAGUGUCGCCUGCAACUUCAGGUCCUCACUGAUGAAUGCACUAAACUUCAUGAUCGUGUCCAGGACUUGCAAAAACUUAUUGUAUGGCACCGGGACCAGAUUUUACGGCACCCUGGGUGCUCCCAAGCUGCUCUCCAGACCUGCCCGGUUUUCAACCAGAAACAGCAUAAAUACCACUUUCAAAAGAGCUUUACAGUGUCUCAGACAGGAAAUUGCCGAAUCAUGGCAUACUCUGAUGCUAUGAGCUGCUUGGUGAUCUCACAGCCUUCUCCUCAGGCUGCCUUCCUUCCAGGCUUUGGUAUAAAGAUGUUGAGUACUGCCAAUAUGAAAAGCAGUCAGUACAUUCCGAUGCAUAGCAAACAGAUCCGUGGACUGGCCUUCAACAAGCAGUCUAGAGGUUUACUGCUUUCUGCUUCACUAGAUAACACUAUUAAACUUACCAGCCUGGAGACAAAUACUGUAGUUCAGACUUACAAUACUGGACGUCCUGUAUGGAGUUGUUGCUGGUGUCUUGAUGAAAACAAUUACAUCUAUGCUGGACUGGCCAAUGGCUCAAUUCUGGUAUAUGAUCUUCGAAACACAGGCUUUCAUAUGCAAGAAUUAGUCCCUCAGAAAGCCAGAUGCCCACUGGUAUCCCUGUCAUACAUGACCAGAGCUGCUUCAGCUGCAUUUCCUUAUGGUGGGGUGCUUGCUGGAACUUUGGAGAGUGCUUCUUUCUGGGAACAGAAAUCAGAUUUUUCUCAUUGGCCUCAUGUGCUACAAAUGGAGCCAGGGGGCUAUGUGGACUUUCAGGUGGAGAACAAAACCCGGCACUGUCUUGUAAGCUACAGACCUGAUAAAAUCCACAAGACCGUGCGAAGUGUACUGAUGGAACUAUCCUACAAAGUGGGUGAUACUGGAGAGACACUGUGCUCCUGCCAGCCUGUGCAGACAUUUGUUGGGGGACCCACUUGCAAACUAUUGACCAAAAAUGCCAUUUUCCAAAGUCCAGUGAAUGAUGGCAGCAUCUUGGUGUGUACUGGAGAUGAAACAACAAAUUCUGCCCAGCUCUGGAGUGCUUGCAGUGGCUCAGUACUACAGACCCUGAAAUGUGAUCAACCUGUCUUGGACAUCUGCCCAUUUGGUGUGAAUAAUAACAGCUACUUGGCUACCUUAACUGAGAAGACUGUCCAUAUCUAUAAAUGGGAGUGAUCAUGGUCAUGAGACUUUACAGACUUGCUGCUGGUUAAUGUUAAAUGUUGUUUAUAUCAUCUAGCAGCCCAAAAAUCUUGGCUUGUAACCUACAAACUAGAACUUGUAGGGUCAUAUUUCAUUUAGAUUAUUGUGAAUUUAGAACUUAAGGCCACUAAGACACUACAGUUGUGUUUCUUGUGUAUGCAGCUGCACACCUGUUUUGUCCAUUUAAAGAGUGAGUGGUGUUCCAUCUAGCUUCAUUUCUCAGGUUAAAAUCUUCAUGUAUCUUAGCUAGGAAAUAAUUCCUAAGACCUGAUGAACCUUAGUCUUCUCAACACUAAGAUGAGUGUAUACCAAGCAUUUCCUGGUGUAUGUGACCUGAGCUCUGUUGGCUUGGGAGAGCUACAUCCUAGAA